UUGACAUUAAACAUAUUUGUACACUCGGCUGUGUUCCUGCUUUGCACUUUCUAUCUCAAUUAUUGAAUAAAAACAACAAUCAUGGCAACCGAAGUAGAAGAAACCAUCAAAAGGAUUCAAGCUCACAAAGGUGUCAUGGGAGUGAUCAUUGUGAAUCACGAAGGCAUACCCAUUAAAAGCUCUCUAGACAAUGCUACAUCAGUAUUAUAUUCUGGUUUAAUUGGUCAGUUAACAGAGAAAGCUAAAAAUGUUGUGCGGGAAAUGGAUUCAACAAAUGAACUAACAUUCCUCCGAGUCAGAAGCAGAAGGCAUGAGAUUUUGAUUGCUCCUGAUAGGGAAUUUAUUCUGAUUGUUAUACAAAAUACAGCAGACUAGUCAUAUUUACCAAAUAUAGACCGACAUACUUAUCUAGCCCCAUGAGAACGAAACUAAUUUAAAACUUUUGGCACCCCCUUAACAAUGGUCACAAGAAUUUUAUCAGAGUGUAGCUGUCUUGUCACAUUGAGUUUACACAUUUUCUGACAGAAUCAACCACAAUAACUGCGCAUCUUUCUGGGUUGAGAUAAGUUUGUGGCACUAUAUUUUGAUAUUCAGCCUGCACAGAUUAAAUAAUUAUAUGUGAAAUGCCAGUCAUUAAUGAGGCAUUUAAUCUUUUUUAGAAAUAAGGCAAUAACUUUUUAUAACUCAGGAGAAAGUAGUGAUUAUGGAUGUUUUUAGUCGUACUAAACAGCUUAUUCACCAAUUUUGCUUCUAUUUUAGUAGAAAAUAAUAAUGUCAAUCUGGUAACACUAUUUCAUCAAUAACAGA